GUGUGUGUGUGUUAGUUAUAGCUGAGUGAACACUUUACAGUUGGUUUUGUAUGUCAUUCCCAUCAAAUGCUAUUGAGAUUUAUAUUAUGGUAUAUUUUGUGUGUGGGCCCAUUUGGUAGUGAAAUUCAACUGAAAUUUACAUAUCAUUUAAUAGUUUAUUUUAAUAAAUAUCAAAAAACUAAAAGGUGUGCUUUAUAGCUAACACCUAGAUGAACACUCUACAGUUGGUUGUGUGUACAGCUGCAACAACUAAUCGAUAAAAUCGAUUAUGAAAAUCGUUGUCAACAAAUCUCAUUGUCGAUUAGUUGGUCAGUGCGCGGCACGGGGGAGAUUUACUCAUUACGUUACGUCUGUUCCGAAAACAUGCCUCGGAGAAUAAAUACUAAAGUUGUGUCGCAAAUGACGUACUAUACACUUACACUAUGCACUACUGUCUAGUGUGUGGACUUUAGAAAGGUAAUAUCAUCUCAAAUAUAACACUAGCGGGGGUUUUUUUUACUAACCGGAAGUAUAUGCUGCUUCCUAGUCAGUGGCGCAUGACGUCAUACACACGCUGGCAUUAGCAGACACCCAGAAUCACAGACAUUGAGUUUCUUCAGUUUACUCUUUGUCAGCGUUACCUUUUAUUCCCAAUAUGACCUCAGUCACCAUCAGACAGAGGCAAAAUUGUCACGUGACUGAGGAAGAAAGUGUGUAACCUCCAAGUCCUCUAAGGAGAGGAACCUGAUGUGGUCUUCUGCUGUUGUAGCUCAUCCACCUCAAGGUUUGAUGUGUUGUGCAUUCUGAGAUCACAGAGUCACAGAGAUCACAUUUUUUCUUCAUUAUGAUGUUUGAUGUGAACAUUAACUGAAACUUCUGACCUGCAGCUGCAUGAAUUUUUUGCAUUGCUCUGCUGCCACCUCAGUGGAUGAUUGGAUAACUGCAUGAAUUUACAGGUGUUCCUAAAAUACAUCACUGUCUGGAAUCAACUUCUUGAAUCAACUUCAUUGUAACAUCUCUAAUCUAAUUUGAUUUACUUGAUCUUUGUCACGCUAUAUUGUACCACUACAGCAGGGGUCUUCAGUCUUGUCCACAGAAGGCCAGUGUGGCUGCAGGCUUUCACUCCAACCCUACAGGAGCCACACUUCAUUUCACUUGUUUAAUCAGUUCAUCUUGGUCUGCAAUCAACUAUCAACUGAUACUUAUUGCAGACUUUCAUUUCAGUCAAACAGGAGGUACUCUGUCUGCAGCCAUACCGGCCCAGUGGACAUGAUUAAAGAAUCCCGUAAUACAGUGGGGUAGCAGUUGAAGGUCCCAUGUAUGCAUGUCUGUUACUGUGUGUUAGGUAUGCUCUGGCUCCACUCAUGGCUGAACACUUACAGCCAGAUGCCAGACCACUUACAAUCAAGCUUUAUCACGGCUCCAUCACAGAAACAGAGCCGUGUACCAAAGGCUUUGAUCUGAUCACCUGUAUUGAAGUCAUGGAGCACCUUCAGCUUUGGGAAGUGGAGAGGUUUUCAGAGGUUUUGUUUGAAUACAUGCAGCCACGUACUGUCAUAAUAAGCACGCCGAAUGCAGAAUUCAAUCCUUUAUUACCAGGAGUAACAGGCUUCAGACACAACGACCACAAAUUCGAGUGGACCAGAGCACAGUUUCAAGCUUGGGCCGAUGGAGUUUGCAGGAAAUAUGGUUACUCAGUAGAGUUCACAGGAGUAGGAGAGACUCCUGGGGAGAUCAGAGAUGUCGGAUUCUGCUCCCAGAUUGGAGUUUUCCAAAGAGCUGGUGAUUUAAAUGCACAAAGGAACAACACAGAGGAGGAGCCUACAGUAUAUCAACUGCUCUACAGGGUCACUUACCCAAGCCUCUGUGACAACAAUAUCUUCCAGAGGACUCUAAUUAGUGAGGUCCUGUACCGAGCCGAGCAGCUGAAGAAGGAGUGGCUGGGGGGUCAGGAAGGUGAGCAGUGGGAUUUUACCUCCUGUAAACUCAUGCUACCAUCUGAAGAAGCAAGGCAGGCAAGGGAGGAAGAGGAGGUGUACAGGCAAGAGAGUUGUAUCUGUGUACCACUUCUGCGUGUAUGGUCUGGUUCAAAAGUGCAAGCUCUGUGCAGCAAUAUCCAGCAACUUCGAGCCAUACUGUUGGUGGACUUGCGAGUGCAGCUAGAUGCUGACAGAAAUGCCAUAAUGCUGCCUGAUGAUUAUGAGGAGGAGGAAGACCAAGAGGAAAUGGAUGAGGGUGAGAAGGCAGAAUGUGUGUCAAGGUCUGUGAAUGACCAUGUAGAGGAGGACUGGGAAAGUGAACUUUGAUUAUUUCUUAGGUUACGGAUAUCAGUAACAAUGGAACUACAACACCUAGCGCUCACUGGCCCUCUAGUCAGGUUUACCUUCCAUAUAGGACAAUAAAUACAAUUAUUGAUUGGCCAAUAAGUAAUGUAAAAUUUAUCAGCUACCCUAACAACGGAGGGAAAUAACAGUUGUUUAUUUUUGUUCAGUUCUGUUGAGUAAAUUUCUUUAUAUGAAUCUCUUAUUAGGUAAUUUACACAUUCUAAUAUUUAGUUCCAUAGUGUGGAAGUGCUCUUCUCUAUUUUGAUGAUGUGAUCGUGCAGGAACAACAUGGACAUUAACAGUCUGUAUCCGAUCGAAUUAUGGGAAACACUCACAGUGGAUAUAAAAUGCACCCCUGUUCAAACUGCAGGUUUUUGUAACAGAAAAAAUAAAACCAAGAUAAAUCAUGUCAGAUCUUUUUCCACCUUUAAUGUGAUUGUAGCAACCAACACAAUUCAAGUGAAACAUUUUUUUUAAGGGGGAAUAACUGGUUGCACCAGUGUGUACACAACCAUGCUUCACCAGGGGUAUGGUGUUCUUUGGGUGAUAAACUCUCGUUUUUUCAUGUUUUUAUGUCCUGUACUUGGUGAUGUCACUGUGGUGCUCCAUCUUCUCCACUUGUUGAUGAUGGCCUUCAUAGUGUUCUAUAAUACAUCUAAUGUUUUGAAGAUUGUUUUGUACCCCUCUCCUGAUCAAUACCUUUCGACAGUGAGGUCCUGUAAAUGCUUUGGUCAGCUCUUUGAGGACCAUGACUUCAGGAGUUGGGCAAAACCCAGAAGAUGGGAAGAAACUCCUACAGAAACAGCAGUUUUUUAUUUGGGGUUAAUCACAAUAAUUUCAUUGAUGACAGCUCUAUGAUAAUUCCUUCUAAACACAAGUUUGAAUAUGAUUGCACUCAGAAUGAACCAGUCACAUGACCCAUAACAAAAUUACAAAUGCUCCAUUGCUUAUGCAACCAGGUUAUUCUAAGUUUAUCUCCCCUAAACCACAUGAGAGAGGGAGAGAUCUGACAUGAUUGAUCUUGGUUACAUUAAAAAAAAAAAUAAAUAAAUAAAUUACAUCAUAGUUAUGUUGAACUUGUAUAUUAGUUUAUGUUCUGUUGUCAAGCAUAUUCGCAGAUAAACGUUUUUGUGUUAAAAAUUGACACUGAAAUCUUUACUUUUUUAAUGUACUGUGUUUAUUUAACAGUGUGAGGUACAUGUAAUCAGCACUGGUUAAAAGGAGUUGAACAUCACAACAGCAAAAAGCAUUGUCACCAUUACAUCAGACACUGUACAGUACAAGGAGCAAAAGCUUCACAGAAGAGAUUAAAAAAAACAACACCAUGGUGUUUAUUUACAACACAAGGUACCUACACACUGAAUGUCAACUAUUCAAAUAUUGAGGGAUUCUGUUAUUGUACAGUGUAAAGAUAUAAUGCAUGAAACACUCCCCUAUGGAAACCUAGUGAUCAGAGUUGUAAAACACAAUAAUGAUUUGCAUUAGUGUAGGGCCAUGGCUUAACUAAGUCUGUAUAUUUCACCAGGCUUCUGAUAUGAUGGUGCCAAUAUUGCAUCAUAUCACAAGCAAUAUAAUCAGUUAUUACAGGCAUUUGUAGACUAGAAAGAUAUUUAAAAGAUGUAAAGGACCCAUGCUUUUGGUAGUUAAAUCCAGCCCUACCUAGUUAGUCCCUGGAGUUCAGAUACACUAAAGAGAUAUCAAAAUAUUAUGCUGUUUACACAAUAACACACACUCACACCGUUUCAGAAUACAUACAAGAGAAGUGGGCUCACUUUGUAAAACAUAUGGCUUUUGUACUGGCACAUAAAACCAUAGAGAACCUGGUUCAUGGUUACACUAGCAGACAGAAAACCAACAAAAAUACUUUAACAAUAUGCCAGGAUAAACAUCAGAUAUGCAUAAACUUGGCAGACAUAAAUAUACAUUGUGUAGUGUUUUUGAUCAAAUAAAACAAGAGGAACACAACAGCAAUAAACGUAUGUAGUACAAGUAAAGGAAAAGGGG